GCGCUGUUAGUUGCGUGUGCUCGGGAGCGCGUUUUGUCGUUCAAAUUCCUUUUUUUCCCCCUUUAGCGAGGCGUUAUGUGUCACGCUUGACGGUGCCCGUGGUUAUUGUUUAAGCCCGCACCGUGCAUCGCUUUUUGAUUUCAUUCAGUUCGAUCCGAUUCCAACGCAACGUCUCGGCAGCGUGCGUGGAGUCACAAACGUGCAUUCGAUUCGCGUAGAGAGAAGUGCGCGCGCGCGCGUGCGAGUGAUUGUGAUUUGCGUACGAGCAGAGUGAGUAAGCGUGCGGUUAGCUGGUGACGUGCUAGUUGGUGCACCGUUUUAGUGACCGUUGCUAGCGGCAACGGGUGAUUCAUAAUUGUGACAUUUGCUUCAACGGACACCACCGGGACGGGGAACUAGAGCUUCUGCGAACGUCCAGAAAAUCGAUACCGACCAAACCCUCGCCUGUGUUGCGGGAAAGCGAACGACGCCAUCAGCAACGACGCCGUAGAGCACUGCAGUCGCUCGAAGAAAGGAGGUUACAUUUAAGUCGCACCUCAUCAACAUCGAACCGCCAUCAUGAAUUACGGACGCAAAACGCCCUCGACGUAUCGAUCGACUCCGUCGGUGUACUCGCACAUCACCAGCCGAUCGCAGUCUAACCUGCAUUCGCAGCGAUCACGCUCGAUGAAGUCCGUCAUGAUACCCUGGUACCAGAAGCCGAUCUUACACAACAACAAGUACCUGGACAUUCAGCGCGGUGCGUUCAUCAUGGGCCUGUUCUCGAUCUUUGUGGCGAUCUUCACGAUCGGUACGGCCGUCUUCGACAUCUACUGUCUGGCGUUAGCAGCUCCAGGAUCUUCGCACUACGGUUACUACAUCAUAUCGUACGAGUUCGUGUACGUCGGCAACGUGCACGUGCGCAAUGGGUUGAUGGUAGCCGCACUGUUCUCGCUGAUAGGUGGCCUGGUGGUGCUGGUAACGAGCAUAAUGUUGGUGCACGCUCUACGCAAAGAGUACGAAUCAAAGAUAGUACCUUGGUUGUGGUCAUUUGCCAUCUUCACGCUGUUCCGCCUGUUGGCGUUCCUGUUCUUCUCGAUCGUUAACGACCUGAUCUUCGCGUACAACAUCCUGAUCACGCUGAUCUGGAGCGUGAUCGUCGUGGCGUCCAUCUACGGUUGGCUGAUGGUGUACUCGCUCUAUCUCGAACUGGCCGACCUGACGAAGCUGGAGGAUCUGGCUCACCUGCGAAUGGGUACGAUGCAGUCGUUAAACGCCUCGGUAGCGCACUCUUUGGCCGGAUCGCGGCCUACGACACCACACAGUACCGUCUCGACCAUGCCGGUCGGUGACACCAAGUUCAUCUAGAGCCAUGACGAUCCGUCCGCACCGCACAAUCGUUCCGUCCAUGCGAUACAAAGAGACAUACAUGUUAGACCCUGCCCAUCGUUCUCAAAAAAGAAAAGGAAAACAAAAACACAGAUUCAAACUCGAACCGUACAAACGAACGAUGAAGAAACCGCCAGUCGUUAGGGAGAGUAGCUUUGUGCACACAAAAUCGAAGCAAUUUUGCGGCCCAUGUGCCUUCCGAAAACAUACAAAAUGAAACAAAAGUGUAUUAACGUUUAGUUUCGUAAUCGUAAUUUUAGCCGCUAAGUUUACAGUUUUUAUUUCGCGGUCAGCUCUCAUCGCUCGAGCCCUCUACGGUGCACAGGUGUGGAACCUGUUCGGUUCGAGCACGAGAGCUGGCCCACGUUUCGUUUUAACA